AUGGAAGUCGUUCCGGGUCUUCCACGUACAUACCACCUCUGCAAGGAGAACGAGCUAGCACGCGACAAGUACGUUGCCAAGAUGCACCUUGCCUCCCUCCCCGGGUCCAAGCAGUGUGUCGUGCACACUGCUGAGUCGUACAUUCACCACCACUACAAGCGUCACAAUGACAGUCUUUACUAUCCCAACGAUGUGAAGGGCAUUCCAACGAAAUAG